GAUGGCUCAGCUCUUUCUAAAUAUAAAACCGAAGUGAAGCGCGGGAGGCUGGAUUGGGGGCGGGUGCGGGAGCCGCACUCGCUCGCGCACAGAGGGAGCCGCAGCUCUCGCCCGGGGGCCGGCGCUGGGGAGAGGCGAAGCCAGGCAGGGCCCCUGCCCCGCCGCAGCCCCGCGAAGGGGGCGCGGGAAGGGGAGAGGAGGGACCUCAGCCCGCGCCCCGAGUGACGGGCUUGCUCCGGAGCCACCGCUCGCCCCCACCUCCCCCCGCGGCGGCGGGCAACAUGGCUGCGGCCGCCUCCGCCGCCCAGGAUGAGCUGAAUCAACUUGAACGUGUAUUCUUACGUCUUGGCCAUGCAGAAACAGAUGAGCAGUUACAGAAUAUUAUAUUGAAAUUCCUACCCCCUGUCCUGCUCAAACUGUCCAGCACGCAGGAAGGAGUGCGUAAAAAGGUCAUGGAGCUCCUAGUUCAUUUGAAUAAACGCAUCAAAAGUCGUCCAAAAAUUCAACUUCCAGUAGAGACUUUACUAGUCCAAUACCAAGAUCCCGCUGCAGUUUCCUUUGUCACCAAUUUUACUAUAAUUUAUGUUAAGAUGGGUUACCCUCGUUUGCCUGUGGAAAAACAGUGUGAAUUGGCGCCUACUCUCCUCACUGCAAUGGAAGGGAAACCGCAACCACAGCAAGACAGCCUAAUGCAUCUUCUAAUACCAACCCUUUUUCACAUGAAAUAUCCUGUUGAACCAUCGAAAGCAGCUUCUCCAUUUAAUCUUGCUGAAAAACCAAAGACUGUACAGCUGCUCUUGGACUUCAUGUUGGAUGUGCUCCUUUUGCCUUAUGGAUAUGUACUGAAUGAAUCCCAGGGUCGCCAAAACGUGCCAUCGGCACAGGGCUCUUCUGCAUCCAAUAGUGCUGGAAGUUCGGGGAUCCCUCAGCCUCCUCCAGGGAUGAGCUUUUACGCAGCCAAACGGGUAAUUGGAGAUAGCCCAUGGACACCUGAACAGCUGGAACAGUGUAAACUGGGAAUAGUAAAGUUCAUUGAAGCUGAACAGGUACCAGAGCUUGAAGCUGUCAUACACCUGGUAAUAGCCUCCAGCGACACACGACACAGUGUAGCAACUGCGGCAGACCUGGAACUGAAAAGCAAACAAAGCUUAAUUGACUGGAAUAAUCCUACUAUCGUCAACAAAAUGUACAAAGUGUACCUUGGGGAUAUACCACUGAAAACUAAAGAGGGAGUUGUUCUGAAGCCAGAACUGAAACGAGAUCCAGUCAGCACCCGGGUUAAAUUAAAGAUUGUUCCUCAUCUUCUGCGUUCCAGACAAGCUGCAGAAACAUUCCCAGCUAAUAUUCAGGUGGUGUAUGAUGGACUCUUUGGUGCAAAUACAAACACGAAACUAAGAACUCUGUCCCUGCAGUUUGUACAUCAUAUUUGUAUAAGUUGUCCAGAAAGUAAAAUAAAGCCACUCGGCCCAAUGCUUUUAAAUGGACUUACGAAACUGAUUAACGAAUACAAAGAGGACCCCAAACUGCUGUCAAUGGCCUAUUCCGCUGUUGGAAAACUCUCCAGUCGAAUGCCUCAGCUGUUUACCAAGGACAUAGCUCUUGUCCAGCAGUUUUUUGAAGCUUUGUGCAAGGAAGAGCCUGAUACCAGGCUUGCUAUUCAGGAAGCCUUGUCUAUGAUGGUUGGAGCAUAUAGUAGUUUGGAAGGAGCACAGCGAACACUUAUGGAGGCUCUUGUGGCUUCAUACCUAAUAAAGCCUGAAGUCCAAGUGCGUCAGGUGGCUGUGAAAUUUGCAAGCACAGUGUUCCCUUCAGAUCACAUCCCUUCCAGAUACUUACUGCUUUUAGCUGCAGGAGAUCCACGGGAGGAGGUGCAUGGAGAAGCCCAGCGCGUACUGAGAAUGUUUCCUGGUAAAAAUGAAAAGGAGAGUGCUGGUAAACAGAUGCCUUCCUUCCCAGAAAUGGUCCAUUACAUUCAAGACAAGGCCUCUCACCGAAUGAAAACUCCUGCUAAAUACAUGACCGGAACUGCAGUCCUGCCUUUCAAUCCUGCUACGUUUGGAGAGAUAGUCCUGUACCUGCGAAUGUGUCUUGCUCACAGUGCAGGUGUGGUGCCAGCCUCUCAGAGCUUAGCUGACAUGCAAGACCAUGCUCCAGCAAUUGGCCGCUAUAUCAGAAACCUCCUGUCUGGCAACUUCAUAUCUUCCUCGUCAUCUUCCUCAAAAAGUGGAGAAACCAACCCAGUGCAAAUCUAUAUUGGCCUUCUUCAGCAGCUGUUGUCUGGUGUUGGAGGUUUGCCAGUCAUGUACUGUCUUCUAGAAGUUGUUUCGGUGUAUCCAGAAAAACUAGCUACCAGAUUUGCUGACAAAAUAGAUUGGAUAAAGAGUAUGAUGAAUACAAACAAGGAAGAGAUGCGUGAGUUGGCAGCACUGUUGUAUUCUGUAGUGUUGUCCACAAUGUCUGGAAAUGAACUGAAGUCCUCUGUACAGCAACUGAUCAAGACAGCAAAAGACAAUCAUAACCCGGAGAUCCAACAUGGAUCCUUGUUGGCUUUGGGAUUCACAGUAGGAAGGUACCUGGCCAAAAGCAAAGCCGGAAUGAUGGAGAUGCAUGACAUUGAAGAGCCAAAUAUUGUCGUCAUGCCAGAACAAGACCAGCUCAUAAAGACCACAACAGAAACAAUAGGUUCCUUUUUGGACAGCACCUCUCCGCUCCUGGCAGUUGCUGCUUGUACAGCACUGGGGGAAAUUGGCAGGAAUGGCCCCUUGCCAAUUCCCAAUGAAGGCACCGGGUUUACAAAGCUGCAUCUUGUUGAAAGUUUACUGGCCAGGAUCCCUUCUGGCAAGGAAACAAAUAAGGCAAGAUUUUUUUGGUUUGUUAAUUUUGUUUCUGGCAUAUUUUCUCUGAGGCUAACGCGAUUAUCUAUUAAGUUAAGAGAGACAUCACCCUUAUAUAAAAUCUUGUGGAUUUCUGUGUUUAAAGAUGAUAAGAACGAGCAAGCCAAGCAAAUAGAACUUCAGUUCACCGUUGGUGAAGCCAUUACCAGUGCUGCAAUAGGAACCAGCUCAGUGGCUGCCCGUGAUGCUUGGAUGGUCACCGAGGAAGAGUAUACUCCUCCUGCAGAUGUGAAAGUAAAUGACGUGGUCCCCUGGGUUUUGGACCUCAUUUUGAAUAAACACAUUGUCAGCCCUAACCCCCACAUCAGGCAGGCAGCCUGCAUCUGGCUUUUGUCACUGGUGAAGAAGCUGAGCACACACAAAGAAAUUAAGUCUCAUCUCAAGGAGAUUCAAAGUGCAUUUGUUUCAAUUCUGUCUGAUAAUGAUGAACUUAGCCAAGACGUUGCUUCAAAAGGCCUUGGGCUAGUGUAUGAACUAGGUAGUGAACAAGAUCAACAGGAGCUGGUCACCACGCUUGUUGAUACGCUUAUGACUGGGAAAAGGGUCAAACAUGAAGUGACUGGAGAAACAGUGGUGUUCCAGGGAGCCCUUGGCAAAACCCCAGAUGGUCAGGGUCUCUCUACCUACAAGGAGCUUUGUUCAUUGGCUAGUGACCUCAGCCAACCAGACCUGGUGUAUAAAUUCAUGAAUCUGGCCAACCACCAUGCCAUGUGGAACUCGCGCAAGGGAGCAGCGUUUGGUUUCAACGUGAUUGCUACAAAGGCUGGAGAGCAGCUGGCUCCGUUUUUGCCCCAGCUGGUUCCCCGUCUCUAUCGUUACCAGUUUGACCCCAACAUGGGCAUUCGACAGGCUAUGACCAGCAUUUGGAACGCGCUUGUCACCGACAAAUCUGCAGUUGAUAAAUACAUGAAGGAGAUUCUGGAUGAUCUGCUUAAUAACCUGACCAGCAACCUGUGGAGGAUCAGAGAAUCCAGCUGUCUAGCACUGAAUGACUUACUAAGAGGCCGACCACUGGAUGACAUUAUUGAUAAACUUCCAGAAAUCUGGGAAACCCUGUUCCGAGUGCAAGAUGAUAUUAAGGAGUCUGUACGAAAAGCAGCAGAACUAGCCCUGAAAACUUUAAGUAAGGUGUGUGUGAAAAUGUGCGACCCCACCAAAGGCGCAGCGGGCCAGAGAACUAUAGCGGUGUUGCUGCCCUGCCUGCUGGACAAAGGAAUGAUGAGCACAGUGACGGAAGUUCGGGCUCUGAGCAUUAACACUCUUGUGAAGAUCAGUAAAAGUGCUGGUGUUAUGCUGAAGCCUCACGCACCAAAGCUCAUCCCAGCUUUGUUGGAGUCCUUAAGCGUGUUGGAACCCCAGGUUCUCAAUUAUUUGAGUCUCCGCGCUACGGAUCAGGAGAAAGCUGCAAUGGAUAGUGCAAGACUUAGUGCUGCUAAAUCAUCUCCCAUGAUGGAAACAAUUAAUAUGUGCUUGCAGUAUCUGGAUGUGUCUGUCCUGGGUGAGCUGGUUCCUAGGCUAUGUGAGCUGAUCAAAAGUGGAAUAGGCCUGGGCACUAAGGGAGGCUGUGCCAGCGUCAUUGUGUCACUCACCACUCAGUGUCCCCAGGACUUAACGCCAUACUCGGGCAAACUCAUGAGUGCUUUACUCAAUGGGCUGACUGAUCGUAACAGCGUGGUGCAGAAGUCUUUUGCAUUUGCUAUGGGGCAUCUAGUUCGGACCUCCCGGGAUAGUAGCACUGAGAAACUACUGCAGAAGCUCAACAGCUGGUACAUGGAGAAGGAAGAACCGGUCUAUAGGAUAGGCUGUGCUUUAACUGUUCAUGCCAUCGGGCGCUACAGCCCGGACGUGUUGAAGAACCAUGCCAAACAGGUCUUGCCUCUGGCAUUUCUGGGCAUGCACGAGGUCCCAGAUGAAGAGAAAGGAGAGAAGGAUGAUUCUAAUCUGUGGACUGAAGUGUGGCAGGAAAAUGUACCUGGCACUUAUGGUGGCAUUAGAUUGUAUAUGCAGGAGUUGAUCACCAUUACCCAGAAGGCUCUUCAGUCCCAGUCUUGGAAGAUGAAAGCCCAGGGAGCGGCUGCCAUGUCAUCUAUUGCCAAACAAACUGGUUCCCUGGUACCGCCCCAUCUGGGAAUGGUGGUUGGUGCAUUGUUGCAAGGUCUGUCUGGAAGAACGUGGACAGGAAAGGAGGAGCUGCUGAAAGCUAUCGCCAGCGUUGUCUCUGCAUGCAGUGUAGAGUUGCAGAAGUCUGUGCCCAAUCAGCCCAGCGUCAAUGAUGUUGUCCAGGCUGUCCUGAAAGAGUGUCGCAAAGAGAACCUCAAGUACAAGAUGGUAGCACUCCGAUGUACAGCAGACGUGCUGAAGGUGACAAAGGAAGACCGUUUCCAGGAGCUGGCGGACAUCGUCUUUCCGAUGAUAAAGAAGAAUUCUCAUGAGAGUGUAGGAGCUGGUUCACCAAAGAAUGAUGACGACGAGAAUGAAAAAGAAAAGGAGCUUCAGAUGGAAUCUCUGCUCUGUGCCUUUGAGAGUUUAGGCAAGGCCUGGCCUAGGAAUCUAGAGACGCAGCGCUGCUAUUGGCAAGAGCUGUGCAAAUUAAUGUGUGAGCGUCUGAAACACAGUACGUGGAAAGUGCAGCUUGGAGUGCUACAGGCCAUGAACGCCUAUUUUCAAGGGUUAAUGCUUUUUGAAGAGGCGCACUCAGACCCCGGGGCUUUGACGGAAAUCCUGUUGGAAACCUGCUCAUCUAUCACACUCUCUUUAGAAAAUAGGAGCUACACCUCCAUCAGAACAGAAGCAUUGUCUGUGAUAGAAGUGCUGCUUACAAAACUUAAAGAGUCUAAACAGUGGGACAGCCUGCCACUGGAAAGCAGAGAGCUCCUUAUUGGCUCACUUACUAGCGUGGUAUUGGACAGCAGACCCGAGCUGCAAGAGAAAGCAUCAUUAUUGAAGAAAACACUUGAAAACCUUGACUAAAUUGUAAAACACCAACAGCAAAGUGCCAUGUAAAACAAAAACAAGUGCAGUGUGAUCUGAAAACCAAGUGGGGAAAAUGAAGAUUAAUCUGUAGCAUGCAUCAUUCCUUGGCCAAAAUAAAAAAUGCCUUAAAUUCUGUUCCCCAUUAACUGUAUUUUUACUGUUUUAAGCAGCUGGUUAGUAAACAACUUUGAAGUUGUGGAAAAAAUAGUUGUAUCAGUAAAUAAAAAUACCUCUAAUGAUCUGCCCUAGAAGAUUUAUAGGUGUGUGAUCUAAAAAAAGUAUUAAGGGCAAGAAGCAUCUGAUUCUUAAAAUAGGCAAAGGAUGUAUAAUUAAUUGACUCUAGAUCCCAAAUGCCCCUGUAAAGAAUUGUUGAAGGUGGCUGAAGAACCAACAGCUCUGGAAAGUUGAAAUGCUUAUUUUCAUUUCACUGUACCUUGCGUGUGGAGGUUUAAUACUGUGAUGCCCAAAUGGUGAUUCUUUUAAGUCUCUCCAGGAAAUCGUGGGCAACUAAUAUUUAUAUUAACAAGCGUUGAAAUCCUGCCUCCAUUGAAAUCAAUGGCAGAACUCCCAUUGACUUCACGGGGGGCAAGAUUUCAUCCCAGAACUCCCAUCUCUCUGUUAGCCCAGUCUGGUCCUCCCUGGCACGCACUCCCACUGUUUGUGAAAUGUGAAAGGCCGAAUAUUGUUGACGUAUUUCCUUCAUCUCUGACUUCAGAGUGGAUUUAGCAAAUCCGUGCCCCCUUCACAGCUAAUGGAUCCCUGCCUCCCACAUCUUAAACAAUGAUUUUCUCCAGAAGUAUGCACAUAAAAGAGCACUUUAAUGAGCUGUCUGGGGCUGAGGUGGUUUGGAUCUGUAAGAAAGGACAGGUGGGGAACACUGUCUUCUCAAAGUUGUUUUGCAUGACACUCCUUAACUGCAGCAAAAAAUGACAGCUUACCCCCCAACUUUUUCUAGUUUGCCAGGAUGGAAAUUUUUAUAGUAGUAGGUUUUUUUUCAUGUUUGUAACUCUGUUCUUGCUUUGGAACGCUGUAACAAUUUAGACUUCUCAAUGUUUGUAACAAACUGAAUAAUCAAUAUCAUCUAUCAGUUGCCAGCUCACACUGGUUUCUAGAAAAUACUUUUAAUUUGCAUUUAAUAAGAAAGACCAUAUCUGCAUUAACAUGGAGUAAAAAUUCUAUUUGAUUAAAUGGCCAUGCUACCCUAUUCCCCCCGCCCCUUUCUCUUAGACAAAAGGCGUAACCCUGGAUGCUGUGACGACAGGCUUUAGAAAUGUAAAAUGACUAUUGUAACCAUAGCAUGGGUAGGACAUUGCUUUGCUGAUUAUGAAAUAAAAUCAUGAGCGUUGGCAACCUCACAGCGAUGGAUUUCAGCAGAGAAAGACUUGUCGUUUUCUUAAACUCCCUCCAGUCCCUUUCUGACUUUCUCUUCCCCGGUAAAUUAUCAAAUAAGCUUGCAACAAACAUUUCUCUAUGUUGCUGGCACGUUCAGAAUUGAGUGUUCAGUACCUACCUUUCCCUCGGGUCUGCGCUAUUUCACGUGCAUUGGAAAAGCGUUGAAUUAGUCUGAUGUUGUACCUAGGGGGAAGGGCCGUGCGGUCCAUACCCAUAUGAUCAGAAAAUUUCAGCCAAUGUUGGGGUAAGACUCUUCAUCUUAUGGCACUUCUGUAUCAAGCUCUAAUGCAUCUUGUAUUAGCACACAUUAGGCAAUCCCUUGGUGCUGAGAGCUGGUGCUAAAACAUUUGAACUAUGACUUAGUGGCAGGGAGAUGCAGUUUGUUUACAUUGUUUGGAUUACCAAGCACAUUUGUAAAUUUUAAAAGCUUAUUGGGCAAAUCACUUGCAUAAGAUGGUACCAUUUAAACAACUUGCCUUCCAUGAAAUCUCGUCACAGGAGCUCAUUUUUGUAUAAAUGAGAAUUCCCCAUGUUGCUCUGCUGUUGCUGUUCGUCUGACUUAUUCUUUUUCAUAUAGCAACAGACAGUUACAGGAAAUCAACCGCUCCGUCUCUGAGCUCUGGAUUUCAGCAGGGAUGUGCGUAGUGUGAGGCAGUUACUAAGAUUAUGUAGCCCUAGCUAGAGCAACUGGGCUAGCUGCCAUAACAAAUGUUUUUCUGCUAGAGGUUUAUAGUACAUAGAAGAGGUUCUAGAAAUUCUGAUGUCUGGAUUGACAACUAUGGCCAAGAUUACUGGGAAGCUGGAGAUGGUGUAUUAGAGUCUCUCUGACUCAUUAAGCAAUAUGUUUUUAAUGAUUAAAAGUAUGGAUUCAGAAUUCUUCUACAGCAUGUGCCUAUACACAGAACCUACCUGCACAGCAGUUGAUAUGAAUUUAAACAAAGGUCUGAUUCCCACCCCCCUUUUCGUUUGUAAACUUGACAGGAAAAAAAAAAUAGAUGUGGCCUUCCUAGAGUUUUUCCUCUGAAAGUGAUUGCACUAUGUAAAACACACUGUACUUUGCCCAAGGUGGGCAUUUCUUGUGCUGCUGGUUUGUAUACCAAGAGUGAGGUGUGCAAGUCUGACACUAGCACUCAUUAUAACCUGCAAGCUGUUGCUGAAAUGGAUGUAUAUUAAGAAAAGUUUUCUAAUGUUGCAAGGUCUCCAUUGACUUCAUUGUGAUCUGUAUUUGGAUGUUGAAGUGUGUAAAUGGACUGAUUGAAAGAAAACCCUCCCACUUACCAAAAAAGGUAAUAUUAAAUAAAGAUGCAUGACCUGUUCUUGGAA